AUGCCGGCGGCGAGGAGGGUGCUCAACGCCUUGGCCGACGACAUGCCGGAGUUCGACCGCCGCCAGAUGGGCUGCAUGGCCGGCAUAUUCCAGAUCUUCGACCGCCAGCGGAUGCUCACCGCGCGUCGCGCCGGCGCCGGCGCCGGUGCCGGCUCCGGCGGGCGGCAGCCGCAGCAGAAGAGACUGCCCGCAGGCCGUACUCCACCAGAAAGCAGCAGCAAUGUUCCAGUGAAGAGCUCAAGUACCCCCAAAAUCAUUCUGGAGAAAACACUCAGCAAAAGCAUGACCGAGAACAGUAGCCUCUCAAUAGAGUCAUCAAGAGCUUCUUGUUCUUCCUCUUCAUGCUCCUCUUUCUCGUCGAUCGACGGCAGCAAAUCAGCUCAACAGGAGCUACCGUACAUCAACGAAGAACUCUUUCCGCAGAGGCCACCGAAGAGCUCACCAAGUCUGCAGGGCGCUGACAUGGACACCAAGACCGCACAGCCGAACGUCGGUUUCAGAGACAUCGUCAAGGACUCCAUCAACCGGGACUCGGGAGGGUUAACUGUCAUGACCACAGCGAAUGGAGCAAGAAGGAACGCGCAGUACAAGGACUCGCCAAGGCCAUUGCUGCUCUCCAAAUCGAUGGACGGAACCUACGUCAUCAGCAUCGACAGGACCACCAAGGCCGUCCCCGCAAACGUCGUCGAGUCCAGUAGGCGUUUCCCGGAGCAGUCGCGCUUCUCAUGCGACGACCGGCGGCUCCUGUGGCCGGCUGAAACCCAAGAAGCCAAGAAGCCUUCUUCCACAAGGGCCAAAGAGCUUCCUAGGCUGUCCUUGGACAGCAGGAAAGAGUCUCUGAGCCCAAGUUCACGUCUGAAGAGCUGCAGUUACAGGAGAACCGAUGACUCUCUCCUGGACACUCUGAAGCCUCAAGACUCCCCGGGCCACAGGCGUUCCAACAGUGUCAUCGCCAAGCUCAUGGGGUUGGAAGAAGCACCAGAUGCUAUGGGGAUGCUGGUCGCUGAUAGCUACGAGCCUGCAAGAUCACCAAGAACAGCAGCACAAGCCACACGGAGCGAGCGUCCAUCGCGUUCGCCCAGGAGAGAUUGCCAGGAUGCGUGUGGUUCCCUGCCGAAAAACGAGCCUUCAGCACUGAAAACAAGACCUCCUCCAAGGAUUCUCACUGAAGCUGCUCCCUGGAGGCAGCAGGAGAGAGGCGUCAGCGUCACCAACAGCAAGGCUUCACAAUGCCGAGACGCUAAGGUGAGGCCAAGAACCCCAUCUCUCUAUGCCGAUAUAGAGAGAAGGCUUGGUGGGCUCGAGUUCUCGGAGUGCAACAAAGACUUCAGAGCUCUCAGAAUUCUGGGUGUGUUCCAUGCAAAGGAUGCUAAGCACCAGAACAACGAUGGUGAUGCCGCAUCAGUGGCUUCUCAGAGCCAAGAAGAGGAUUCAGCCACCACCAGUUCCAGAAGCUUCCAGUCUCCCAUUGUAGUCAUGAAGUUAUCAAGAACCACCGAGAAGCCUGCGGUCUCAGUUGCUCCCCUUGCAGGGCUGAGAGGCCUCAGGAAGCUGCAGCCCAGAGAUUCAUCCUUCACUGACAAGAGCGAAGCCAGCACAAAUGAGAAGAUCCAUUCUCGCGUUGCAAGGGCUCAAUCCAAGUCUGACGAACCUGCCAGCAGAGCGAGCUCGCCAAGGCCUACAGGGUCAUCAAGCCCCAGGUUAGUGCAGAGGAAGGCAGAGUCGGAGAGGAGGUCUCGUCCCCCGGUCUCACCAAAGUCUCCAAGCAAGAAGUCAAAUGAAGCAGCAUCCCCAAGAGGAAGAACAAGAUCAAAGCCUUCUCAAGUGAGGAGCAACCGUGACAAUGAGGCCUCGCAGAGUCCAGGAAGAAGGAUCAGCUUGGCGAAGCAGAUUGACGUCAGUAUAAUGGAUUGUCAAAGUCCUCUGGUUGCCAGAUCAUCAUUCGUCGACCCAAAAACACCGAGCCAAAAGAGCCCUUCUUCAAUCCUGGGUUCAGAUCACAAGAUCCAUUCACUGGAGAACGCCCUGAGCCCCGUGUCGGUCCUUGACACAUCCUUCUACCAUAAAAGUAUCUCAGAUUCAUUCAAAGAUGGCGAGACGCAUACCUCAGACGAAUGCUGGAAUUCAAACAGCCUGCCGGACACGCCGCAGUCGAAGACGAGCAGUGAAGUCAGCCAGAUCAAACCAGAAAACCUGGAGGCGCUCAUUCAGAAACUUGAACAAUUGCAAUCGAUGAACGAUGAAGCUGCAAACUCCAAAGAUCACCAGUAUAUCUACGAGAUACUCUUAGCAUCUGGUCUUCUGCACAAGGAACUUAGCUUCGCAGCGAUGCCUGCACAACUUUCGCCAUCCAGCUGCCCGAUCAAUCCAGAGCUCUUCCUCAUUCUAGAGCAAACAAAGCCGCACUUCAUUUCAGCGAUUCAGGCUGUUACCGGAGCUAAGAAGAGUUCUGACCCUAACAUGGAGAAGCUUCAUCGCAGAAUUGUGUUCGAUCUGGUAAAUGAAAUUAUAGCUCAGAAGAUGAACAUCUAUAGCUCUGCAAGUGGAACGGCGAAACUUCUUCGGUCAAGGAAGUUAAGUGGGUGGCGUCUUUUCAAGGAAUUGUGCACAGAGGUCGACAGGCUCUUAUCCGAGAGCUCGGCAGCGAAAUGCUCCGAAGAGGAUGAGGAUGAAAACAUACCAUUAUCUGAGGAUGCAUUGUAUGAGAUGAAAGAUUGGGGUAGCCCUGAAGGUGAGCUACAAGGCAUGGUUUUGGACAUUGAAAGAUCCAUCUUCCGGGACCUCAUUGACGAGGUCAUAGGUUGCGAGGCUACAGAGAGGAUGCAAGCUGGACAAUGGAAACUGCGUAGGCAGCUGUCUUUCAGUAGUAUAAACUGA